GUUUCCUAAUCACGAAGAGGCAGAUAUCAUUCGUGAUCGUUGUAUUCAUUCUAUCAUCGCUGCUUUUCGAUAAAUUAUCUCAUAUACAUUCGUCUCGCAUUUUGUCACGUUUCUGGGUAUUCUGGUCCACACACACGUAGUCAGAAAUUGUCUACAUCAAAUAACGGUGGAAAAUUUACUGUGAGUGAGAAUGGACGGGAUAGCUUCUUCAAACAACGAUGAAGACGUUGAACCAGAAUUUCGCGUGCUGGACUUAAUAGGGGAAGGUUCUUUCGCUCAGGUCUUCAGGUGCGUCGAAAGRAAAACCCAAGCUUCAUUUGCGCUGAAAGAAUUCGACACGACGAAAGAAGGAUACGACCACAAGAUUGUCCAACAAGAAAUCAAACUCUGGAAAGGACUGGAACAUGAGAAUAUUGUUAAGCUUUAUGCAAACUUCAGAACAGGAAAAUAUUUAUAUUUUGUGAUGGAAUUUUUGACGGGAGGUAAUCUUUUUCAUGACAUGUUAACGAGACAUCGCUACAGCGAGCAAGAAACUGCUGGGAUUACGAGACAGGUUUUAGAGGCACUCAAUUAUCUCCAUUCAAGAAGAAUAGUUCACCGAGACAUCAAACCUGACAAUAUCCUCCUUAAAUCAAAGCCUGUUCUUGGUUCGCGCCAACACAUCGAGGCCAAGAUAUGCGACUUUGGAUUUGCAUUAAGACUUCCUAGGGACUCUGACGUUAUUCAUUGUCAGGCAAAAGGCGCGCCAAUGUUUUUGGCGCCAGAAACGAUCUUAGAGGAUCCUAUUGGGUGUCCUGUGGAUUUGUGGGCUUGUGGAGUGCUAUUGCACACUAUGAUCGUAGGGUAUCCGCCAUUUUGGGACGAUAAYAGCGAAAAAAUGCUUCUCUCUGCAGUGAGAGGACAGUAUUCUUUAACUACAAAAUGCUGGGAAAACGUCUCUUCGUCUUGCAAGGAUCUUGUGAAGAGAAUGCUUACUGUACCMUCGUCACAACGAGYAACAGCAUCAUCCGCCUUGAAGCAUCCUUGGAUAUUCAAGAUGUCAUUAUCCUCACCCCUCCCCCCUCGAAAAUCAAACCGAUUUCUUUCUCAUCAUACACUGAGCACUAAACUGAAGAGCACGCUUUGUAAGAUGCAUGCAAGUAUGAGUGCGCAGUCUCUUGGAGUCGGACAUUUCAAAGGGAAAUUYUUUCCUCUUCAUCACUCAGCGCAUAACUUAUCUACACUACAAUGAAAAGGGCUUUGAAGGACCUGCAAGAGGGUCAAGAAACUCAAAUCCUUCGAAAUUCACACUAAACAUCUUGAUUUACCCUGGGUCUGUUUAGACCCCUUCGAAAACUGAAACUGUUGCUUAAAAAACUCUUUGCGGCAUUUGAAUUGAAAUUCUGAUAAUUAUUGUUCAUUAUUUUUAAAAUAUGAAAUAUUGCUAUUUGUGURUGCCCCAAUUGAUGAUAUAAGCAAAAAUGAGUGGGCGAAUGUAUCUUAUAGAUGCGUCUAAUAUACUGGAGCAGCUUUUGUAUGACUGUGAGAUAUUUAUGGCAUGUGCGAUGACGUGUUGUACCGUGAUCGUGAAGGUGUGAACAUUCUGGCAUUCUGAUUGGUUAAAUCAGUAAUCCCGCGCACUGUAAUUGGUUGAUGAAGUGAUGUCGUACCGUGACUKUGCUCUAAGUUUUCACAGUCAUGCGAAAUCUACUCUUUAUCAAACACUUCAGGUUAAGAUCAAUCUUGGCUGGCCACAAGAUUGGGUCUUCUUUUUAAUCAUCGUGUUCUCGAUAUUACGUCAUGUYAUUUGAGAAUGCAGUAUUUAUUAAUAUGUUGUCAGCGGAUGUAUUUUUGAAUUUUGUAAUUAUAUUYCAAAUAAAGCUUUUAGAAAUAUC